AUGGCCUGUGUUGGCUUCCUGCAUCCGGUAGUGGCCGGGCUUCUGCGCCGGCAGCGGACGCCCUUGCAGGAGGCAUGCCGCGAAUACCUCAGUGAACUCAGCCCGCCCAGCCAAGCAACAAUUCCUACAGAAGACCAGGACCACCCAAAGAACCAAGGACUCUCAAUACUGGCUUUGCAGUAUUUCUGGGAGCAUUUCAGGCGCUUCAUUCUAGAUAGAACCAUGCAUUUCGUCGUGGCGAACAUCGUGGAGCCACUCACCGAGAAACAGCAGACUUCCCUGGUAGGCCUCCUGCAAGGGAAGGCUGUAUCUCACUUUGUGUCCCACAGUUGGGCCACUCCAUUUCAGCAUUUUGUCCAGUGCCUGCAGCGCCAUGCAGCCUUCACUGGCGCCGUAAAUCCAACCUAUUGGAUUUGCUCCUUCGCCAACAACCAGUGGGACAUCGCGAGUGAGAUCGGGACCGACGUCCUUGACAGCGCUUUUGCCAAGGUCCUCCAAUCCGGAGUGCAGGGCGUCGUCAUGGUAUUGGACCAGCAGGUCCAGCCCUUCACACGAGUUUGGUGUCUCUUCGAGCUCUUCCUCUCAAGCAAAGAGGCUCUUCAGGUCGUCUUCGCCACGGAGCCUUGCUUGAGUGAUUAUGAGGAG